CUCCAAGUAGGGACCGUGUCUUUUUUUGCAGUUUUGGCUAAACGAAAAGGACGCGCCUACUUUCCGGGUUGCCACUACCGGGAAGGGCCGCAAAGGUGGCCUGGGGUCCUGUGAGCCGGGUGCGCUGACAGCGCCUCGCCUCGCCUCCUCCACUUGUUCCCCAUUUCCGCAGAGCCUGCGGGCCUCGGCUCUUGCGCGACGCUCCCCGGCCCCCGCCGCCUGAUAGGGGCGCGGGAGCCGGGAGUCCCGUGGCCUGUGCCCGGUCCGCGCACCACUGGCGGUAGAUGGGCGACUGGGGCGGCGGGGCCUGAGCGCGGCCCGAGGCCCUCAGGGAGUGAGCCCUUUGUGCUCUGGCCACAGCCUCAGAGGACACCCUUGGGGAAGUUUCAGAGGACGAGUGGGCCCUUGGGUGUGAGGACUCAAAGGAAGGGUGAAGGAGGGCUGGCUGCUGGUGGAAUGGACACCCUGCAGGAGGCACCCUGGGCUAAUGGGAGUACAGCGCUUUCUCCAACCCUGGUGCCCAACAUCAGUGUGCCACAUCGCUGCCUGCUGCUGCUCUACGAGGACAUUGGCACCUCUAGGGUCCGGUACUGGGACCUCUUGCUGCUCAUCCCCAAUGUGCUCUUCUUCAUCUUCCUGCUCUGGAAGCUUCCGUUUGCUCGGGCCAAGAUCUGCAUCACCUCCAGCCCCAUUUUUAUCACCUUCUAUAUCCUGGUGUUCGUGGUGGCGCUGGUGGGUAUCGCCCGGGCCGUGGUGUCCAUGACGGUCAGCACCUCAGAUGCUGCAACUGUUGCUGAUAAGAUCCUGUGGGAGAUUACACGCUUCUUCCUGUUGGCCAUCGAGCUGAGUGUGGUUAUCCUGGGCCUUGCCUUUGGUCACCUGGAGAGCAAGUCAAGCAUCAAGCGAGUGCUGGCCAUCACCACAGUGCUGUCCCUGGCCUACUCUGUAACUCAGGGCACGCUGGAGAUCAUGUACCCUGAUACCCACCUCUCAGCUGAGGACUUCAAUAUCUAUGGGCACGGGGGCCGCCAGUUCUGGCUGGUCAGCUCCUGCUUCUUUUUCCUGGUGUACUCUCUGGUGGUAGUGCUCCCCAAGACCCCACUAAAGGAGCGCAUCUCCCUGCCUUCCCGGAGGAGCUUCUAUGUGUACGCAGGCAUCCUGGCGCUACUCAACCUGCUGCAGGGGCUGGGGAGCGCGCUGCUUUGCAUGGACAUCAUUGAGGGGCUCUGUUGUGUGGACGCCACCACGUUCCUCUACUUCAGCUUCUUCGCGCCUCUCAUCUACGUGGCCUUCCUCCGGGGCUUCUUCGGCUCAGAGCCCAAGAUCCUCUUCUCCUACAAAUGCCAAGUGGAUGAGACCGAGGAACCGGACAUGCACCUGCCCCAGCCCUAUGCUGUGGCCCGGCGUGAGGGCCCGGAGACAGUAGGCGCUGCCAGUACACAGUUUGACUCGGCCGGUGGGGUGGCCUACCUGGAUGAUAUUGCUUCCAUGCCCUGCCACACGGGCAGCAUCAAUAGCACGGACAGCGAGCGCUGGAAGGCUCUCAGUGCCUGAAUGUGGCUGCCCUGGCUGGAGGGCAUGCUGGGGCCUAUGGAGGGCUGACUGGAGAGGAGGCCAGAGCACAGAGUUCCCCGGGGAGGAGGAUGAGGUCACGAGACCUUGUGUGGACAGCAGCGCCAUGCAGGCUCUGUCCUGCCCUCUGAGCCCCCAGUUGCCCUUGACCACCUGUGCUUUAGCUGAGGGCCACCUCCCCCUUCCGCCUGCCCUGGCCCUGCUCAGUGACAUGGCCCAGACUUUGAUCUCCCAGAGCCAGGCCUGGCUAGGCUGGCUAAGGUCACCUCCUUUCUUCAAAGGAGAGAGGAGGUACCCAGGUCUGGUCUGACUCCCUCCCUACAGCGCUUUGGCUUCCUCAAAGCCCACUCUGGCAGGUGGACUGAAGUGUAUAUAUUUUCUUGAUCUAUUUUUUAAUAAAAAGGAAAAGGAGCAGAAGGUGUCACUGUGGAGGUUCUGCAGGAAUACUGGGGCUGGUUCCUUUCAGGAGCCUGAGGGCUGGGGUCUUCAGAGGUCCUGGCACGUUCCUCUGCAUGCUGAACCCAGGGAGGCUCAACCAAGGAACACUGGCUAGUGUGCAGGCCCUGGCUGCUGGGAGGUGGAAAGAAAUCAUGGAGGAGACUGAUGUGGAUAAAACUGGUUGGUGUGGGCUAUCUCUCCACCUUGUUGAAGAGUAUGGAGGUUGGAAUAAGCCCUGCAGUUCCUGUCCUUUCUCUGCUCAUGCUCUGUCAGCUUGAGCCAGCCACUUCCCCUCCCACACCUCCAGUUUGACCAUCUGUGAAAUAGGAACAAGAAGGCCUGCCUUGCAAGGAUUUUUGUAAGGACUAGAAAAUAGUAAGCGUGAAUAGCCAGCAUUUGGGAAUGGAACAAUAAUGAUAACAUUAUUUUUAGCCUCUAGAACAGUGUUUGGCACACAGUAGGCAUUCAGAGGAUGGGAUGCUAAAGGAUGAUAUUUAUAAUAAGAACGGAUGUGAUGAGCUGAAAAUGGGGAAAGUCAGAAUAAAGCCCUGGGAUGGGAAAAUGGAAAUAAGAGGGAAGUUCCACAUGUUCAUAUUGCCACUGGUGUAGCUAAUUUUGGCGUUGAGUCACUUAGCCAGAGGAAAAAGGGAGUUGCCGGUUAUGUAAUUCCCACAGUCAGAGGGAAGAGGUCUCGGCUGGGACUGUGGGAAUGCUGAGGGUCAGGCCUGGUGCCCACCCCCGCUGCUGCCCUCUUUCUUAGGAGGGCACUGAGGGCACCAGCUUCAACGCAACUUUUGGAGCCAACAUGCCAGGCUCCUCAGGAUCCAGGGCCCAGAGGGCUGUCAGCGGCAUGGGCUUGGCAAAUGCAGAGGAACAGCCAGGCAGUUGGGCUUCUGGCCCCGGGACUUCAGGGCUGCUGGGGGAUCCUGACAGGAUUCUCCACACUGCUGUGACCUCACAGUUUCCAAAAAAUCGGUUUAGGGAUGAAAGGGAAACCUGUAAGUGUUGGGGGUGAGACUGGGUUUGAUGGUCAAAUUCAGAGCUGGGUUCAACGUUGGUAGCCUUUGAUGUGUACACAAUCUAAGAUGUCACAGCAACAGUCCAUAGGAAGGUAUCAACAGAAGGAAGAUUAGAAGCCUGUUGCUUUUUUGUUCUUAUUUUAAAGUUUGUUUCUUUCAAUAUUAGGUUGGUGAAAAAUAAUUGAGGUUUAAAAGGUUAAAAAUAAUUGCAAAAAUUGCAAUUACUUUUGCACCAACCUAAUAAGUAAUAUAUGCAUGUGGCAAAAGAAAACAAAAAAGUUAAGCACUGCAUGGGGGUAUACAGGAGGUGAAUCUCCUGGACUUUGACAUUCAGUUUCCUGUCCCCCUCCCAGAAGCACUUUGUGGCCAGGUCUCCGUGGCCUUCUGGAAGUGUGCGUGUGUGUGUGCGUGUGUGCGUGUGUGUGUGCGUGUGUGUGUGUGUGUGUAUUACCCCUAGUUUGGGAAUGUAAAUAAUCCAUAGCUUGUCUUCUCCACUUGACAGUUGAUCUAGGGAUCAUUCACUAUGUCAGUUGCAUACAUUAUGGAUCCAUGGCACUAUAUUUAACCAGUCCCCUCAGGAUGGACUUUUGAUUCUAAUAUGUUUUGCAACAACAAACAAUGCAGCAAUAAAAAUUUUUAUAAAUAUGAGGUAUGAUCAAACAAUAU